GCUUAACCGCAGGCCAUCGCUUCUGUGUGGACUCAAUCUUGUUUAAUUCACCAGAACCCUCCAACGGGUAAUUCUAGUUUUUCUAGAAUUACUCGCUUCAACAUGGAACACUUUCCUUAAGGGAGGGAGGAAGGCUGCAGAAGCAGCAGUUUCGGCGAAGUUAUGACGGAGUUCUGGCUGGUGUCUGUCCCUCUGGACAAGAACAGUUUGCAGUCAACGGAGAAAUUGAAACGUGCUGCAUCCAAAGCCAGUCUAGCCUCAAGCUUCAGGUUCCCAAUACCAGAUCUGAAGGUGGGCACUCUGGACACCCUGUUGGCUCUGUCGGAGGACCUCUCCAGGCUUGACACACAGGCAGAAAGUGUGAUGCGGAGAACCUCCCAGUGCAUGGCCGAGGUCAUGGAGCAGACGGACAAGCUCCUGGAGAACGCCCUGGCCAAUGGAGUGGACCUGGUCAGUUACGUGACGCGUUUCCAGUGGGACAGGGCCAAGUAUCCCACUGCUGUACCUCUCAAAAGUCUCACAGAAAUCAUCUCCAGGCAAGUGUCUCAGGUAGAAGCAGAGCUUAAGACUCGAAAUGCCACCUAUUGUAAUGUGAAAGCCAGUCUGCAAAGCCUUGAACGUAAAACAGAAGGGACCUUACAGUCUCGCAACUUAACUGAUAUUGUGAAGAAAGAGGACCUGGUUUUGGGCUCUGAAUAUCUCACCACUUUGCUUAUAGUUGUGGCCAGGGCUAGCUAUAACCAGUGGGAGCACACCUACGAGUCCUUGUCUGAAUUUGUUGUCCCUCGCUCAAGUCGAAAAAUACUGGAAGAACAAGAAGGGGCUAUAUUCACUGUCACCCUGUUCAAGAAAGCUGUGGGUGAAUUUAAAGCUAAUGCCAUGAAGAACAAGUUCGCAGUGAGAGAGUUCAGCUUGGAGGAGGCAGAGAGACAGAAACAGGAAAUGGGGCGCCUCAUUGUGGACAAGAAGGAGCAAUACGGAACCUUUGUGCGCUGGCUCAAAGUGAACUUCAGCGAGGUCUUUGUGGCCUGGAUACACCUGAAGGCUCUCAGGGUGUUCGUUGAAUCUGUUCUCAGGUAUGGUCUGCCAGUCAGUUUCCAGGUGAUUCUACUCCAGCCAGACAGGAAGUGUGUGAAGAAGCUCAGAGAGCUGCUCGGCUCGCUGUUUACCCACUUAGACCCUGCAGCUGCUGCCAGCAAGCCUGACCUUGGACUUGACAUCCCCGGAGUGAGCACAGCACAGCAGGAAUACUAUUCCUACAUCUGCUACUCCAUCAACAUCAACUUAGUAGACCCAAGCUAGCAGCAGUGUGUGGAAAACAUCUCAGGACAUUUCAUCCAUGGAAAAGAAACUUCUUUUUAUCACUUGCACAUUAACAGUUCACUGGCUGUUUUUCCCAAGAAACGUUACUCAGUGUUGGCAUGUCACCAUGCACUAGAAGUCUCAGUGGGUAGGUACAUUGGAUAUUCAUGAACUCGAAUAAAGAGUGUCCAAAGUACAAUGACAGUGACUGGUCACUAGUCUAUAGAUUUGUUUUUUGAUAAGUACUGACAAUGAUGUACGCAAAUAUGGAAUGCAGUAGAAAGGAUUUCACUUUAACCACUGGUGAACAUUUGUGUUUGAUAAAUCCCAACUUGAUGAAUCCCUCUAUUUCAAUACAGAAUCAGCUUUGGUGAUAUGUAAGGUGGUGGCAUACAAGUUGGUCAUCUAGCACAUUUUAAUGGGAUUUCCAAUAGGCCUGUCGUUAAUUCCAACUACCAGACAGUAUAGUCUGUAUAUAUGUACAUGACUUGUAUAACCAUUCUUAUACAUUGCUUUGGCAUGGUAUUGCUUUUGCUUCAUUCCAACCAGAAUCUCAAAUGGUUCUACCUGUAUAUUAGGCUACUGUAUAUACUGUAGGAUUAUUAAGUUGGCAUUUUUAAAAAUGUGACCA